AUGGGCAUCGAUGAGUGGUGGAGUUCGAUCUUGAGCGCUUGCUCCGGGGAGCCCGUGCAGUCCUCCAUCGAUGGCUCCUUGUGCGGGUCUGUCGACCGCGUUGAGGUGCCGCCGCAAGAUGGCGCCAGCACGGCGAUCGUGGAGGCCAGUGAGCGCGAGGUAGUCGAGGACCGCCAGGAGGCCGUGGAGGAGCCUGAAGAACUGGAGGAGCUGGUCAAGCCCGAGAUGCUGGAGGAGUGGCGAAGGCACACCAUCAUGGAGCAUCAAAAGAUGGUCCAAGAGAGCCGGCAUUUGCACUGCGAAAGCUACUCCCAUCAUGGGGCCGCCAACCGUUACGGAGAGAUCUCCCACCUGCCUCCCUUCGAAGAAGGGCAUCACGUGCCCACGCUGGCGCUGAUCAAUCCCAUGUCAGGAGCUGCAGCCGGGGCUGACAUCCUGCGAGUUGCCAGGCGUUCGCCUUACUACAAGGAUCGAUUUUUCAACAUUAUCGAUGUUGUCAAAGGCCAACAUCGAGGUGGACUUCUGGACGUUUUCAGGAUUGAGCUGGGCAAAGCCAAGGACGAAGCGAAAGCAAUGGGAUUGAGGCCGCGCGUCAUCUCCGGCGGAGGAGAUGGCACUGGGUCGUUUGCGCUCUUUAUCGUCUUCUUGGCCUUGAAGGCGGAUCACGCGCGCGCCCUGGAAGGGCUGGAGGACACAGGGAAUGGCUUCAUCUGGACGGACGCGGAGAUGGCAGAGAGCUUUCCCGCGUUGGCGCAGAUGCCUUUGGGCUCUGCCAACGACUUUGGCAAUAUCCUUGGCUGGGGCCAGAAAUACCCAGGGGACGUGGCCUGCCCCUGCGGACCCUGCGGUGGACGUGAGACCGCCUUCGCCCACCUUGAGCGUUGGCUCAUGGCCGUGAUGAGCGACAAGUCCCGAGUCGUGAACUUCGACGUCUGGGGGCUGAUGCCUCCGAGGGGUCAGGAGAACUGCAACUUUAAGCUGGCGGAGCUCACCGGAAAACGCGGGCGAAACCCGAACGCCAAGGUGGAAGGGCAGCAUCAGGUACGUCUCAAGCAGGCGAAUAAGCCAGUGCCAUUCUUUAUCUGCCUGUACUUCUCCGCCGGGCUUGGGGCCUACAUGACCUCACGGUUCCAGAUCAACCGCCGCAAGACGCCGCUGAGGAACCGAGCAGAGUACGUCCGGCAGCUGCUCGGGAUCGUUACAGAGCCGACGCCUCCACAGCUGAACCUGCGCCUGACGGGCGUCACCAUCGACUGCGAGGAGGAAUCGUACUUCCCCCCUCGCCGCAAUCUGCCAGAUCAGGGAAGGAAAUACCGCGAAGUCGGCUUCUACAACAUCAACUGGCAGGCCCAUGGGCUGCACGGCGCAGAUCGGGCCUCCGUGGGCUCGCGGCUGUGCUGCUCCAAGCGCACCCCGGUGAUGUUCAACGACGGAAGGAUCGACAUGUUCCGGUGGAAGUUUGCGUCCUUCUUCAAGAACCCGGGCACCACGAUGAUGACUGACAAGAAGGAGGACAUGCUGCUAAACUUCAGCACCGAGAACCAGAAGGGAAGAGGCGUCUUCUUUCAGUGGGAUGGUGAGGCGCGAUACGCCUUCAGCCCGGAUGGCGAGGAUUUUCAAAUCUACAUCCGGAAGGUGCUGAACAUUCCCGUGGUCAUUGGACCAUGGGUCGACGAGAGACUCACUGGCAGUUUGAACAACGGUCGGCCUGUGGAGUUCGGAUUCUUCGGCAACGACCUGGAAGGCAAGCAGGCGGUCCGAAGGCGUGUCCUGCAACUCGUCAGUGGCGGGCUGGAUUCCGAGCUGAUCGCAUCUGUGGAGGAAAUUUUGGGUGCCGGCUUGACCAUGGCCGGGCCAUCUUGA